CUUGAGAGAUAUAUAUCAACAACGUACGAGGCUCCUCUUCUUUCCACUCCUCCGAUCCCACGUCCCUUCAAGUAGAGCAACCAUAUUUAAUUAACUAAUAUCAUUUACCUGCCACACAAUCUCAAAGGAGAAUAUAGAACAAGAUGGAAUAUGGUGGCAUAGUGCACAAUGAAAAUGGUGCGUUUGGGAGCUUGUCGGAGUCAGCGGUAGAGGCAGAAGUAGAUUUGGUGGACGAGCUACUGGUGGAGGGGUGCUGGGUGGAGACAACUAGUGCAGGAGGGUGCUACAACUGGAUGCAUAAUCCAUCAGAUGCAGUAGUGGCGCCGCAACCACAGUACUUGGAAAUGCUGCAGCUGCAGCUGCAGGAGGAAUCAUCAUCGUCGUCAUCAGAUCAGGAGAGCCUUGUGGGCAAGAGGUGGUGGAUCGGGCCUACUAGGCCGGGCCCUUCAUCAUCUUCUUCUUCUUCCUCCUCGGUAAAGGAGAGAUUAGUGGUCGCGGUCGGGUACUUGAAAGACUACACAAAGAACAACAAUCUGCUCAUUCAGAUAUGGGUGCCCCCACGGAGAUCACCACUACCCCUUCCCCUUCCCCUUCCCCUUGAUGUGCUCACCUUUCCCAACCCCAGCCCUAACCCUAACCCUAACCUAUGCGUUCGCUUCUUGAGAAGCCAUGAGUAUUCUCAUCAUUAUCAGGCGCAGCAGCACUACGAUCUCCGUGGAUCCAUCGCCUUACCCGUCUUUGAACGAGGCACUGCCACGUGCCUUGGCGUCCUCGACAUUCUCAUCACCAACCACCUCAACCUCACCAACAACUAUCGCCCUCAGCUUGAUAAUGUCUGCAACGCUCUCGAGGCUGUCGAUUUUAGGAGCUCUCAUCAGAACUUGAACGCGAAUUUUAUGCCGCCGGCCAUAAAGGUGUAUGAGGAGCUAUACCAAGCAGCACUGAAUGAGAUAGUGGAGGUGUUGACAUCGGUGUGCAAGACGCAGAAUCUUCCUCUAGGGCUGACAUGGGCGCCGUGCAUCCAACAAGGAAAGUGUGGGUGCGGGCACUCAUCGGCAAUGUGCGUGUCCACGGUGGAUACAGCGUGCUAUGUGGGGGAUCUGGAAAUGCUGGGCUUCCAGGAGGCGUGCUCAGAGUACCACCUCUUCAAGGGGCAAGGCAUAGUUGGCACCGCCUUCACAUCAGCCAAGCCCUGUUUCGCAAUCGACAUAACAGCCUUCAGCAGAGCAGAAUACCCGCUUUCUCACCUCGCUAACAUCUUUGGCUUGCAUGCCGCCGUCGCCAUCCCCCUCCGCAGCCUCUACACCGGAUCCGCUGACUUCGUCUUGGAGUUCUUCCUGCCAAAGGACUGCCAUGACACCGAGCAGCAGAAGCACAUGCUCAAUUCCCUCUCCAUGCUCGUCCAGCAAGCUUGCCGGAGCUUGCACGUUGCCACCGAAGACGACUUCACCCCUCCGAUGCUCACUCAUCAUCAAGCGCAAGCACAAAUAAUGGAAGAGGCGUGCUCGAAGGAUCAGUCGUGGAUAGCGCACAUGAUGGAGGCGCAGGUGCAGCAGAAGGGGAAAGGGGUGUGCGUGUCGUUGGAGUACCAAAUGGAAGAGCCCAAAGAGGAGUUCAAGGUGACAACCAACUGGGACACCGCCAACGACCAAGCCCAUCACCAGCUGUUCUCCUCAUCAGAUUUCGGCCACAUUGACGUGCUUGAGCACAGUAGGUCGAGGGCCAGCACUGCCGUGGACGGCGGCGAGGAGUCUUACGCCUUGGGUGGGCGGCGCUCCUCUUCUUCGGGUUCGGGCGGCAGGAAGUCAGGCGACAAGAGGCGAACCAAGGCUGAGAAGACUAUCAGCCUGCCUGUCCUCAGACAGUAUUUCGCCGGAAGCCUCAAAGACGCUGCCAAGAGCAUUGGAGUGUGUCCCACGACUCUGAAAAGGAUAUGCAGGCAGCAUGGGAUAACAAGGUGGCCUUCCAGGAAAAUAAAGAAGGUAGGGCACUCUUUGAAGAAACUUCAGCUUGUGAUCGAUUCGGUGCAGGGUGCAGAGGGUGCCAUACAGAUUGGCUCCUUCUAUGCCAGCUUUCCCGAGUUAAGCUCCACAGAUCUCUCUUCCCGUUCCGAAUCAUCACCAUCCAAGAAAACCCACAGUACAACUAUUCCUCAUCAGAAUCACAAUAACAAUACAUUCUUGAAAUCCCCACCCUCCUCUGCAUGCAGCCAGACCUUAGAUGUUGUCAUGACAGAGAGCUCCGAGGCAGCAUUGCUGCUCAAGAGAGCUCACAGCGAGGCGGCAGAGUUGCUGCAGCAUGCAUCCCUCCAAUCACAAGAGGAUACAAAGCAUAAUAGUUUCAUCAGCAGCAGAUCCAAUAAUAAGAGCCAUCAUCAUCACUCUCAAGACAGAGACAAAGAAAGGGGUGCUUUCAGGGUACUUGAGAUGGCAAGGCGCUUCAACUUGAACGAUAUUAGCAUCAGCAGCAGCAACAUUGAUCUCAAAUACUUGGAUGAAGAUGGGGAGUGGGUUUUGUUGGCAUGCGAUGCAGAUCUUGAGGAGUGCAAGGACAUACACAGAUCAUCUCAGAGCCGAACCAUCCGCCUCUCACUUUUUCAAGCUUCCCCCCUCAAUCAUCUAGCAACAAACACUUUUGGCAAUGGCACCACCAGCCCCUCCUAGCUAGUGUUUUUUAGUUUCUACUUUUUGGGACUUCUCCAUUCUCAUCUUUUGAGGGAUACACACACCAAGGUAUCUCUUAAUCAUUAGUUGGGAUUCAUGCACUUUCUACUUUACCCUAACUCAUGAUUAAGAAACACCUCCACAUAUGUGGUCCUUAAACUCAAAGGCCCCCUUCAAUGGUGGUUCAAAGCUAAUACAUGCAUUACAUUCAAA